CCUUUUUUUCCCUCUCUCCUCUUUAGUCAGAGCAGUUCGCAUGAAGGCGACGGCAGACUCCAAGCACGCUGCCCGUGGGAAGAACACAGAACUGAGCCUCCAGCCAUCAGCAGAGCCCGUAAAACACCCCCAGUUGGGAUUAUCUAUCGGACGGGGCGUUAGCAGGGACCUGGAGGCCCCCCUGCACCCAACCACAGGAGUGAGGUACCUGGGUUCACCACUGCCCUCUCCCCCCCGGAUCAAGAACACAACACAAUGAACAAGAUGAAGAACUUCAAGCGCCGCUUCUCGCUGUCAGUGCCUCGGACAGAGACGAUCGAAGAGACCGAGUUCACAGAGCAGAUAAACCAGCUCAACAUUCACCACAAUGAAGGCUUGGUGCCAGACCGGCUGGGACUCCACGGCCCCCUCCCUGGGGACGUCCGGGGCCACUCCCCCACCCAUCUGCAGUUCCACCACAGGCACCAGCACCGCCGCUUCUCAAUGGAGGACGUCAGCAAGCGCAUGUCCCUGCCGAUGGACAUCCGCUUGCCGCCGGAGUUUCUGAGGAAGCUGCAGCUCGAAAGCCCGCCGACCGACAAGCCCCUCAGCCGGGUGUCCCGUCGUGCCUCCCUGUCUGACAUUGGCUUUGGGAAACUGGAGACCUAUGUGAAGUUAGGCAAACUGGGGGAGGGGACCUAUGCCACCGUGUUCAAAGGUCGCAGUAAACUGACAGAGAACCUGGUGGCCCUGAAAGAGAUUCGCCUGGAGCACGAGGAAGGGGCGCCCUGCACCGCCAUUCGGGAAGUAUCGCUGCUAAAAAACCUGAAGCAUGCCAACAUCGUGACCCUGCAUGACAUCAUCCACACCGAUCGCUCCCUCACCCUUGUCUUCGAGUAUUUGGACAGCGACUUGAAACAGUACCUGGACAGCUGUGGGAGUCUGAUGAGCAUGCACAAUGUCAAGAUAUUUAUGUUCCAACUCCUGCGUGGGCUGUCCUACUGCCACAAGAGGAAGAUUCUCCACAGAGACCUGAAGCCACAGAACCUGCUCAUUAACGAGAGAGGGGAACUAAAGCUGGCCGACUUCGGCUUGGCCCGGGCUAAAUCUGUUCCUACCAAGACCUACUCAAACGAGGUGGUGACGCUAUGGUAUCGCCCCCCAGAUGUACUCCUGGGAUCCACAGAGUACUCUACGCCCAUAGACAUGUGGGGGGUGGGCUGUAUCCUGUUUGAGAUGGCAACAGGGCGGCCGCUGUUCCCAGGCUCCACCGUGAAAGAGGAGCUUCAUCUCAUCUUUCGGCUCAUGGGAACGCCGACCGAGGAGACCUGGCCUGGGAUCACAGCCAAUGAGGAGUUCAGGUCAUACCAAUUCCCACAGUACAGAGCCCAGCCACUCAUCAACCACGUUCCCAGGUUAGACACAGAGGGAAUGGACCUUCUCUCAAGUUUGCUUUUGUAUGACACCAGAGAGAGGAUUUCCGCUGAAGCGUCUUUGAGAUUCCCAUAUUUCAAGAGCAUGGGGGAGCACAUCCACACCCUGCCUGACACGGCCUCAGUGUUCACUGUUAGAGAGUUUCAGCUGCAGAAGGACCCUGGACUUCGAGGAUCAGUAUUUCAACACGCAGCCCGGGGGAAAAACCGUCGACAGAGCAUCUUCUAACCGUGCGAAGCCGGGCGUGGCACGGGCACGGACGUCCCACUGCAGCAGAACGCAGGAGGCGCUGAAGGACCCGGCGGGAUGGGGCCCCUCUGGCCAUUUGGAGAAAUCACGGCCCAAGUUCGGGGGUGUUUGGAGUUUGGAGACGAGGGGUUUGCACUGACAUUCUUUAGACGUGGGGUAUGGCCCCCUCUAGUCUAAAGUAGGCCACUACAUAGUUGUAAACUAACUGACUUUGAGUUCAAACACUGGUUUUAAAAAUAAAUUAGAAAAAGGUGGGAAACCCUUCAUACCGAGUGAGACUGUUCCAGUCGGAGGCAUCUCAUCUGGUUACAAAUAAGAAAUAAGCCACUGAUAUUAAAGAGUUACAUAAUCCACAUAGGUCUCUCCUAUAUGUGUCUAAUUCUCUGGUGAAACCAGCUCACCGUGUCCAGUUCUCUGGUAAAACCAGUUCACCGUUUAGUCCCUGGCAGAACAUUUUGUUUGCAGUUAGACCCGUAUGUGUGUGUGUGUGUGAGUGAGUGCAUGCAAGUGCCUAUCUCUGAGAUGUCCACAAUUAAUUUGUGGGCUUAACUAGGUUAAACAAAAUCCCUGUUUAUGUUAGGUGUAAUCAGUUAUCAUAAUUCUGUACAUUUCAGUAAAUAAUAUAUAUUUGAUCCAAUCUAUGUUUAUUCAUUUUUUAUUUUGAUAAAUACAGCUGUAAAAUUAACUGAUGUCAUCUCAGGAAAAAAAUAAAAAAGUUACAAGAUUGACAACAUAUUUCAGUGCAAUCUGGGUCCCUAAUAGACAGGCCAUCCUAAUCCAUACUGCUUUCCCAUUGGAGACAGCAGAUAACUCAGUGGGACAUAUCUCAUUAAUUUGUCAUGAUUCCUCCUCCUCUUAGCAUUUUUAAACUUGAUUCAAGGAGUUUCCACCAUGUAACCCCAAGACUAUUAAAGGCCUCCCCCACCACUAACAGGUAGCACCAACACCAGAACAGCAUUCAUAACUUGUGUGAGUAAUACAGCCUAUGUUCUACUCAUAUGCUAUAUGAUACGUUAGAGAAGGUCAGUGCACUUUAAUGAAUUUGCUUUUUGAAAUGUUUAAAAAAACAAAACUGUCUAGGAAAGUGGAAACGAUGUCCGACAUAAGGCGUAUGGAUAAGGCAUUUUGAUUGAAGAUUACAGACAGUACAAUAGAUCAGGAGUUUCUUGGUGUUUUAAGAAUUACAUUUAGUAUCAAAAUGUAUAAAAAUAUGUUCCGUAUAUUCUUAAAUGGUGGUAAUAUAUAUCGUUUGUUAUGGACUACUGUAUUUGCUCAGUUCGCUUUUGCAGGAAAAAGACUGCAUAUUGUGCUACUCAAAGAGUAGCAUCGGCACAAUAGUAUUUGCACAAAAUAAGCAGCCAUUUUAUAGCUCGCACAAAACCAUAAAUGUCCUGAAUUCAUCCUUGGAGCUAAGAUCCCAUAUGACUUAAGAUCGUCGUGUGACUAAAAAGGAACAUAUGUAGGGACAAUGAAGGGGGGAAAUCAACUUGUAUAACUAACACGGUCACAUGACGCAGCACCGGAGCUGCGUCAAUUAGCACCCCCAUGAAACGAGUGAUGUCAAACAAGGUACUAGGCCACUGCCUUUAUAGAUUCCUCACGCUGCCAAAAAAAAGUCAAUGUUGCUAUAAAAAUGCACAUCAAUUGCCUGGUUUAAACGAAGCAUAAAAAUAACCUUUUAUAUGGCUAUUCUUUAGCAUGUUUAACUGGGCGUAACAACGCUAACAGAACAUGGUUCUACAUUGGGAUGAUGCAUCAUACUGUAUGUCCGUUGCGCUAUUCAGACACCAUUAGUUCACUUUACAUGCGGACGAAAUGUAUAUGACAUGGUAUCGUUUUAAUGGUUAAGAAUUGGACCCAUCCAAUGCCUAGAACCCAAAAAUAAAUUUCAGUCCACGGUGCAUUGAGAAACUCAAUUUCUCUCCAUUUACCUUCACACUACAAUGCAUUACAAAUGUGUUGCAUAAAUCAAUAAAUCACUCAUAAAAUGCAUUGCGACUCGUAAUAUGUUAAAUAGAGAGUGCACCUAAGCGGCAAAUGGGAGCAAGUGGCGGAAAGCUACAGAAAUGGGAGGGGGAGGAGAGAACCAUUAAAGUUCAUGGUCUGGGUGCUACACUUUCCGAAAUGGAUUUCUAGCUGGAUGAUUCAGUGACUGUUUUGAAAGUACUGUACUGUAUUUGACUGAGCUGAGAAAUGUGUGUUGAUGUGGAAAAGACUGAAAGUGAUAGCAAUCGUGUCAUUUAAAUUAAAGUAAGCCACCAUUUUAUUUUAGCAUCACUGAAGCUAGGGUAGUUCUCCGUUUGAUGUGGUACAUAAAUAUAUUUUAAAUACUGUACAUGUAGCUGAAAAGAUUGAUGUGUAUUUUAACCCCACUAUUUUCACUAUUAUCUGUAAAAUUUAUGACAGACAAGAGAUGACUGUGUUUUAAAUGACUACAUGAUAUGGUUUUUAUUUUUUAUUUUGAUUAAAUGUAGUAUAUGUUGCUCUUUUGUAUGGAAUGUUACAUUGAAUAUUUGGAGUAAAUUAUCUGUUCCAUUAAGUUGUACUGAAACUGAAUGUAUUGUGACUGCUACAAUGCCAAAACAGAUUAAAUCCAUGAAGUACAAAAUAAAUUAUAUAUAUAAUACCUUGA